AUGCCCAACCCCGAAAAGAUCACGGAGAAGGUGUUCCAGUCGCCGUCAAAGUACAUACAGGGCCCUAGCGCGCUGAAGAAUGCUGCGCGGUACUUAUCACCCUUGGGCCAGCGGCCCCUUGUCGUAGUCGAUAACAUCGUCUUCGAGAUUGCGGGGAAGACCCUGCUGUCCGCUCUGAGCACCGCAGGCAUGAACCCGACGCGGGGUGCCUUCACGGGCGAAGCCUCCCUUCAGGAAAUCGGCCGCCUCGCCGACAUCGCCAAGUCAUCGAACCCGCCCUGCGACUUCAUUAUCGCGCUCGGCGGCGGCAAGACGAUCGACACCUCCAAGCAGAUCGCGACGGACCUGCAUCUCCCCGUCGCGGUCCUCCCGACGACCGCCUCGACGGACGCGCCCUGCUCCGCGCUCUCCGUGCUCUACACGCCCGAGGGCGAGUUCCACAAGUACAGCUUCUUCGAGAAGAACCCGAACAUCGUGCUCGUCGACACGAGCAUCGUCGUCAAGGCCCCCGCGCGCUUCCUCGCGGCCGGCAUCGGCGACGCGCUCGCGACCAACGUCGAGGCGCGCGAGGUGCGCAACAGCCCCAACUUCGGCAAGGGCCUGCCCACCGCCGUGAGCGUCGCCAUCUGCUCCAAGUGCGAGGAGAUCUUGUUCCAGUACGGCCAGCAGGCCCUCGAGGCGAACAAGGCUCAGGCACUUACCCCAGCCUUCGAGGCCGUUGUCGAAGCCAAUACGCUUCUAUCCGGUCUCGGAUUCGAGUCAGGCGGACUGGCUGCAGCACAUGCAAUUCAUGAUGGUCUGACAUCCCUCCCCGAGCUCCACCACCUGAUGCAUGGCGAAAAGGUCAACUUCGGCACGGUGUGCCAACUCCUUUUGUCCAACACGCCAGCCGAAACCCUCGACCGCUACCUCAAGCUCAUGGUCUCCGUCGGACUCCCCGUAACCUUCGAGCAGCUAGGCUUGAAGGAGGUGAGAGAUGAAGACCUCAGGAAAGUAGCUAGACUCGCAUGCUCGCCGGGCGAGACGAUCUGGAAUUUAGACGUGGUGAUCAAUGAAGACGUGGCAUACGGCCUCCUCAAGGCCGCGGAUGCCGUUGGGAGGGAGUACUUGGCCCGUACCAGCAAGGCAUAG